AGUGUUAAACCCAACCCAACCAUUUUUUCUUUGGACUUGAUAAAAAAGGCUGCCAACGCCUUCUUCUUCUUGCUCCUCCUCCGUCGUCUCUCUCUCUCAAAAUCCCAAAUCGAUUCGAUUCGAUUCAUUUUCCCGAUCAAUCUCAAACCAUAUGAUGGAAGUCUGCAACUGCAUCGAGCCUCAAUGGCCAGCCGACGAGCUCCUAAUGAAGUACCAAUACAUCUCAGACUUCUUCAUCGCCGUCGCCUACUUCUCAAUCCCCCUCGAACUCAUCUACUUCGUCAAAAAAUCAGCCGUCUUCCCUUACAGAUGGGUCCUCGUCCAGUUCGGCGCCUUCAUCGUCCUCUGCGGCGCCACCCACCUCAUCAACCUAUGGACCUUCACCACCCAUUCACGAACCGUUGCCCUCGUGAUGACCACCGCCAAGGUCUUAACCGCCGUCGUCUCCUGCGCUACUGCCCUGAUGCUCGUCCACAUCAUCCCGGACCUCCUCAGCGUCAAGACGCGUGAGCUCUUCUUGAAAAACAAGGCUGCUGAGCUGGACAGAGAGAUGGGAUUAAUCCGGACUCAGGAGGAGACUGGGAGGCACGUGAGGAUGCUGACUCAUGAGAUUAGAAGCACGCUGGAUAGGCACACGAUCUUGAAAACCACACUAGUUGAGCUUGGGAGGACGUUGGCGUUGGAGGAGUGUGCGUUGUGGAUGCCGACUAGGACUGGUUUGGAGUUGCAGCUUUCGUAUACGCUUCGUCAGCAGCAUCCGGUUGAGUACACGGUGCCUAUUCAGUUGCCGGUGAUUAACCAAGUGUUUGGUACUAGUAGAGCUGUGAAGAUAUCUCCUAACUCGCCCGUGGCGAGGCUGAGACCUGUCUCCGGGAAGUAUCUGCUCGGGGAGGUGGUGGCCGUGAGGGUCCCGCUUCUUCACCUUUCGAAUUUUCAGAUUAACGACUGGCCUGAGCUUUCGACGAAGCGAUACGCUCUUAUGGUGUUGAUGCUUCCUUCGGAUAGUGCGAGGCAGUGGCAUGUUCAUGAGCUGGAGCUAGUCGAAGUCGUUGCGGAUCAGGUGGCGGUAGCUCUCUCACAUGCUGCGAUUCUUGAAGAGUCGAUGCGAGCUAGGGACCUUCUGAUGGAGCAGAAUGUGGCUCUUGAUAUAGCGAGACGAGAAGCGGAAACAGCGAUCCGUGCACGAAAUGAUUUCCUGGCGGUUAUGAACCAUGAGAUGCGGACGCCAAUGCAUGCGAUCAUUGCGCUCUCUUCCUUACUUCAAGAAACGGAGUUAACACCUGAACAGAGAUUGAUGGUGGAGACGGUACUGAAAAGCAGUAGCCUUUUGGCAACUUUGAUGAAUGAUGUCUUGGAUCUUUCAAGGCUUGAAGAUGGAAGUCUUCAACUUGAGCUCGGGACAUUCAAUCUUCAUACUUUAUUUAGAGAGGUCCUGAAUCUGAUUAAGCCUAUAGCCGUUAUUAAGAAACUGCCCAUCACACUAAACCUCGCACCAGAUUUGCCAGAGUUUGUAGUUGGGGAUGAGAAACGGCUAAUGCAGAUAAUAUUAAACAUAGUUGGUAAUGCUGUGAAGUUCUCCAAACAAGGUAGUAUCUCCGUAACUGCUCUUGUCACAAAGUCAGACAACCGAGCUCCUCCAGACUUUUUCGUGGUGCCAACUGGGAGUCAUUUCUACUUGAGAGUAAAGGUAAAAGACUUGGGAGCAGGAAUAAAUCCACAGGACAUUCCCAAGCUAUUCACUAAAUUUGCUCAAACACAGUCUUUAGCGACAAGAAGCUCGGGAGGUAGUGGGCUUGGUCUCGCCAUCUCCAAGAGGUUUGUGAAUCUGAUGGAGGGUAACAUUUGGAUUGAGAGCGAAGGUGUUGGAAAAGGAUGCACUGCUAUCUUUGAUGUUAAACUUGGAAUUUCAAACGAAUCUAAACAGUCUGGCAUACCAAAAGUUCCAGCCAAUCCACAGCAUGUUAAUUUCGCUGGACUUAAGGUUCUUGUCAUGGAUGAGAAUGGGGUAAGUAGAAUGGUGACGAAGGGACUUCUUGUACACCUUGGAUGCGAAGUGACCACGGUGAGUUCAAACGAGGAGUGUCUCAGAGUUGUAUCCCAUGAGCACAGAGUGGUCUUCAUGGACGUGUGCACCCCCGGGGCCGAAAACUACCAGAUCGCUCUCCGUAUACACGAGAAAUUCACUAAACGCCACCAAAUGACACUGCUCGCGGCGCUCACUGGUAACACCGACAAACCCACAAAGGAGAAAUGCAUGAGCUUUGGUCUAGACGGCGUGCUGCUCAAACCCGUGUCGCUAGACAACAUGAGGAACGUUCUGUCUGAUCUUCUAGAACAUCGGGUUCUAUACGAGGCCAUGUAAGAGGACGUUGCCGGAGAGGGACACUGUCCCCGCUUUCUCUCCCCCGUUAGAACAUCGGUUAAUGUGUAACACGUACAGAGAUUGUGGGGGUGGGGGAGAGCGUUUUGGAUGAUAUUAUAAAACCAGAGGGAAUAACGAAACACAAAAAAAACUAGACCGGACUGUGUUGGAUUCCGGUUUACAAAGGAACAAGAUGUUGACGGUAACAUGUCUAUCUGACUUGUGUUGUAUCCUUA